AUGACGAUGACGAAGAGGAGGAGGAAGAGGAAGAAGCUACACCCCCUCCCGCCUCUCAGAAGGCUCAGGCCUGCAAGCAAAGCGAGGAAUGACAUUCAAUCUACUUUUGCAGGGACUAGUACCCUCGAUCCCAUCAUGGAUAGCGAGAAAGACGAACAGGAGGAAGAGGAGCUGGCCAACGAUAUAUUGACUUCGGAGUAG